AUGAUAGUGGUCAUUAUUUGAGCAAUAGGCUACCCUCCUCAACCCGUCGAAAACCACUGCUUGGUCUACCUCCCUCAAGGCAUUCAGACCCACUACUGGUCCUUGUUCUGUCCUCUGUAGCAGAUCUGAGACACUCAGUAGCCAUGGCAGGUGUUUGGCUCAUUUCAUGUCACUUUCUCACUUUGGCUAUCUUUGUACUGACUCUCGACCCUACGCAAAUCAAAGUUUACCCAGAAAACGGUGCUAUUUCUGGGGUUUUUGAGGCGUCAUUCUUAAACUCGCAGAAUAAACUAAUUUACAGCUUCAAUGCAUCUCAGGCCAGAGCAGUGUGCCAGUUGUUGAAUGUGGUCAUAGCGUCAAAGGCACAGGUGGAAGAGGCCCACAGGAAUGGUCUGGAGACCUGCAGGUUUGGGUGGAUAGAUGGACAAAUUGCAGUCAUCCCGCGAAUCACACCAUCUCAGGGAUGUGGUCAGAAUAAAGUGGGAAUCGUCGUGUGGCAAGCCAUUCCCAGUAAACUCUUUGAUGUGUUUUGCUUCAAAUCACCAGAUGAGACCAAACAACUGCAUGACAAAACGACAUAUGUCCCUACAACCUCUAAAUCCACAACAGGAGUGCCUACAAUUCCCACAACUACCCCUACUGUUCCUAUCCUCCACCAAUCAACUCAGUCAGCUCUGUCUACAUCACACCCCCAUUGCCACUCAACCUCUACCCCUCCUUCUCCCUCAUCUUCUUCCUCCAGCUCUUUUUCUCUUUCUCCCUCUCUUUCUCCCUCUGCCUCACCACCUCCUCUCAUCUCUACUCAAUCCUUCACUCCCCACCCAGAUGAGCCUGAGGAGCCCCACCUAACGAAUACAACAGCUAUUGGAGCUGUACCAAUUGCACUCCUCGUCCUUGCUGUCAUUCUGCUUGUCCUGGCUGCAGUUGCUGCACUUUGGUACUACAAAACAAACAGAACGAGCUUCUCAUUUUGGAGGAGGGGACAGCAGAAAGAGGACAUUGAGACGGAGGUUUGGGAACACUUCUGCAUAAAGGAUCUGAAGGAGCAGCAGGCGGGGAUAGAGAUGAAUGGCAGCAGGAAGAAUUCUAGUGACAUGAGCCUGGAUGACGACCCCGAGACAAGAACAGAUUCACCCUAAGAGCAGCACUCCCUUUGAUAGAACAAUACCUGUGGGUGGUUUGGAUCCAUGCA